CAAGAUGGCUGCGUCCAUCAUAACGAAAGGUGCUCUCGGAUGCUCCUUGCUUUUACGGCAAAACAAUGUUUUUAGGUUGUCUAGAGGAGGAUCGUGUAACAACUGCAAAAAUGUGAGGAAUUUGGUUAAACGUUAUUAUUAUGUUACAUCAUGGGAGGUUGCAGGAGAUACUAUCGAGACAGAGGCUAAAGUCGGCGACAGAACAAUUAAAAUAUCAUCUGGAAGACUUGCAAGGUUCGCAGAUGGGAGUGCCGUCGUUCGGAUUGGUGAUACAUCUGUUUUAGUUACAGCAGUCAGUAAAACCAAACCAAUGCAGUCUGGGUUUGUGCCUUUAACAGUGGACUACAGGGAAAAAGCGGCUGCUGCUGGGAGAAUUCCUACAAACCAUCUACGGAGAGAAAUGGGUCAGACCGACAGUGAGAUUCUGACAAGUAGGUUAAUAGAUCGAUGCAUUAGACCACUUUUUCCAAAAGGAUAUUCUUAUGAUACACAGAUAAUUUGCAAUAUUCUAGCUGUUGAUGGUUUUUAUGAUCCGGAUGUUAUCAGUAUUAAUGCUGCUUCAGCGGCCAUUUCUAUGUCUGAUAUACCCUGGAAUGGCCCCAUUGCAGCCGUCAGGGUUGGAAGAGUUGACGAGGAGUUCAUUUUGAAUCCCACACGUCAGGAACUGAAAAAAAGCGAUCUGAACAUGGUAGUUGCUGGCUCCAAAAAGAGUAAUGUUGUUAUGAUUGAGGCAAGUGCAGAAAAUAUGUUACAGAGUGACUUUUUGAAAGGUAUUCGCUUAGGGGUAAGAGGAUGUCAACCAAUUAUUCAGGCCAUCGAGAACCUUGCUCAUAAUCAAGGAAAGGAAAAGAGGACGAUAGAAACAGUAACACUACCGUCUUCGGAACUUACAGCAAAAAUGAGAGAGCUGGCUAAAGACAGGAUUUAUAAUGUCUUUUCAAAUGAAUCUCAUGAUAAGUUUUCAAGAGACAAUGCUUUGAGUUUAGUUCGAGAUGAGUUAGUCAAGGAAGUUGCAGAUAUUUUUCCAGAUGAAGAAAGUUAUUUGAUUACAGAAUCAUUUUAUUCAGUAGCUAAGGAGACAUUUAGAAACUUAGUGCUAGAUGAAGAUAGAAGAUGUGAUGGAAGAGAUUUAGAUGAAUUGCGCAAUAUAUGUUGUGAGAUUGAUUUAUAUAAACCAUUGCACGGCUCAGCCCUUUUUCAACGUGGACAGACACAGGUUCUGUGUACAGUAACAUUUGAUUCAAUAGAGUCAGCAUUAAGGACUAAUUCCGUGUCUGAUACCACAGAUGGGAUCAAGGAUAAAAAUUUUAUGUUGCAUUACGAGUUUCCACCAUAUGCCACCAAUGAAACAGGAAAGGUGAAAUCUGGCACUAGAAGGGAGCUGGGGCAUGGAAAUCUGGCAGAGAAAGCCCUCAAGCCCCUAGUGCCAGGUGACUUCCCAUUCACCAUCCGUCUCACCUCAGAAGUCCUGGAAUCAAAUGGAUCUUCAUCAAUGGCAUCAGUUUGUGGAGGGACAUUGGCCCUGAUGGAUGCAGGUGUACCAAUAUCAAAUUCUGUUGCUGGCGUUGCAAUUGGUUUGAUGACAAGGUUGAAGGAAGAAACCAAUGAAAUUGAGGAAUACAAGAUACUGACUGAUAUUCUGGGCAUUGAAGACUUCAUGGGUGAUAUGGAUUUCAAAUUAGCUGGAACAAAGAAAGGGAUUACAGCAUUACAGGCGGAUUUUAAGCUACCGAUUCCAAUGAAACUGAUUGCUGAGGCAGUUCAAGAAGGAACUCAGGCGAAGGCUGCUAUCAUCAAUAUCAUGAACGAUGUGAUCAGUAAACCUCGAAGUAACAGGAAGGAUAAUAGUCCAGUCACGGAAUCUUUGGAGGUACCCAUAGCAAGGAGAUCCCAUUUUGUAGGACCAGGUGGAUACAAUCUAAAGAAGCUGCGAGCAGAAACUGGCAUCACUAUUACGCAGAUUGAUGAACAUAACUUCCAAAUUUUUGCACCCACCCCUGUUGCAAUGGAUGAAGCCAAAGAGAAAAUUGAGAAACUUUUAGUGGAUGAUAGAGAACCAAACCUGGAGUUUGGUGGUGUUUACACCGCAACUAUUGCUGAAAUUAGGGAAAGUGGUAUAAUGGUAAAACUGUAUCCAACCAUGAGCCCAGCGCUGUUGCACAUUUCACAAUUGGAUCAGAGAAAGGUAAGUCAUCCAAGUGCAUUGGGAUUGGAAGUUGGUCAAGAGAUUCAUGUAAAGUACUUUGGUCGUGAUCCAGUCAGCGGCAGGAUGCGUCUGUCCCGUAAAGUCCUCAUGGCACCAGCAUCCUCCGUCAUUAAGAGUCUAGGAAAGAACCAAUCAUCAACAACUAACGAAUCUGGAGCAUGAAAAUGUAGUUGAAAGCUUCAAGUGUUUAAUCAAUAAACUGAUACAGAGUACUGUAGCCAUGCAGCACAAGAAAAUCUAAUGGGCUUUAGUACCUGAUGAUUCUAUUUCUGCUUUGAAGGAAAGCCUCAGUGGUUAUGCAGUGGCGGCUCUAGGAUAUAUUUUCUGGGGGGGCUAAGUUGUCCAACAGGGGGGACUUGAGCUCGUAGGCUCGAGCUGGAGGAAGGGGUUGAGAGGGGGUUCCUCCUCCGAA